AUGUCAGAGUUUAUAAAUCCUCUGAGUUAUGACCCUCAGGAUUGGUAUUCCAUCUUCUGCAGAGUAAGCCUAGCUUUCUGUUAUUAAUUCUGCACUGUAACCCAUAACUGACGACACCAUUUAGUUAGACCACGAUAAUGAUGGCCUCAUCCCUGUGGGUGUCCUACGAGUUGCAGUUAUGGAGAACUCAUCUCUGUUAGGACUCCAGAAACACGAGGCUGAGAUCCUGUUAAGAGAUGUCGAUACUAACAUGGACAAUUACGUCGACUUCAGCGAGUUCUCAGCGAUGGUAUGUUUCGGAUUUCAGUCGAACAAUUUAUAGAUGGCCAAAGCCAAAAGUCUGUACAUCAAGAGGCUCACCAUUUAUGCUGCUCGUUCUGUCCUCGCCAAAUCACAACAAUCAAGUGUUGUCAGAUACCUUUCGCAAUAUAACUGUUUUCCUCCUCCCCUCUUCAUGCUGCUGAUCUCGAUUACCCAAAUAGCCGUCUAUCUUUACUAUGCUUUGGAUUCUAAAGUUGGAAUAUCGACAGUUGGCCCUGUCCCUGUAUCAUCUCCAUUAAUCCUAGAUCCAAAUCACAAGGAACAGGUCUGGAGGUUCUUGACCUACAUGUUCAUUCAUAUUGGGUAAGAACGAAUGUACCCGCAAAAUCUUCGUUCAGAUAUACGCACAUCCUUAGUAACGUUGCGGUCCAGAUAUUACUGGGGAUUCCUCUCGAACUUGUCCACAAACUCUGGAGGAUAGCUGGGGUUUAUCUACUCGGAGUAAUUACGGGGUCUCUACUCGUAACGGCCAUCGAUCCUACUGUCUAUCUGGGAGGAGCAUCUGGUGGUGUUUAUGCUUUAUUAUCAGCCCAUUUAUCCAAUGUUAUCAUCAAUUGGGAUGAGAUGGAAUUCAAUUGGAUUAGAGCGAUCAUAAUCAUGGUUUUGGUGACUGUCGAUUUUGGAAGCGCGUUAUAUCAAAGAUAUUUUGUGGCUGCAGUGAGUCGUGUAAGUUAUUUCAAACAAGAACUAAUAGCUUUGUGGUAAAACUUCCGCGUUCUGGCCCACUCUCAAAAAAGAAUUUUUCCGAGCUGGGCCCAGCUUUGAAGUGAAUUUUUUUAUUGAUGUUGACGGCGGUUUUACGUGAAGUAGACCUUAAUGACGAUGAGAGGUAGACCACCAAGGGUACCUUAAAUGCUCUUUUUGAUAUUUUUAGACGUCACCCCUUUUUGGUUUGUUCCCAACCUGCGAAAACAUCAAAAAAUUAGAGCGGCCAGAACACGGAAGCUUUUGCAUUUUUGUUAAUAAAUACGAAUAUUUGGAGUAAUUAAGUAUUUUAGGUGUCUUAUGUAUCUCAUAUUGGGGGUUUCAUUGGUGGACUUCUACUCGGGAUUGUCCUUUUAAGAAAUUUAAAGCUCAGGAAGUGGGAAGUCUACGCUUGGUGGGUCUGCCUGGUCGCCUAUGUCCUUCUGAUUUCUGUUUGUACCAUAAUAAUUUUUGCCCCAGGCUUGUAUUCAAAAUAA